AUGCCGAAAGAAGGGAUAGAGGUUUUAACUGAGAAGCAAAAAGCUUUUUUCUUUCCAACGAGUGAAGAAGUAUUAAAUGCCGAAACGACCGAGAAGUUAGUCAAGACGAUCUAUGCUGUUAGUGAGAAUGUUGAGCGCCGUAAAAAGAUCCAAAAAUUCACCACAUUAGACGUUCAAUCUGACGUUGAAGAUAUUGUCUUAGUUUUCCCGAGUCAAAUAGCUUUAGCCGAGAUGGCUGAAGAAGAAGUUGAUGAUGAGGAAUUGAAGAAGAUUGAAGAUGAUGUUGUGUGUACCAUUUGUGGCGAGAAAGGCCAUAUCAGUGUCUUAUGUCCCAACAGACAACUUCGUAAACCCGAUCAACCGACUCUUAUUCGCCAAGAGGAUUCAUCAACAUAUGUUCCUAUUCACAUGAGAAAACAAGCCGAUGGAACUGCUUUCGAGAGAGACUUUGCAAUUCGUCUUAUUAAUGUCCCACCUACCGUCGAUGAGGUCGUCCUCAAAGCGUUGUUAUUCAAAUUACUCGGAAAAGAGGGGUUGGCUCUUCGUAUUUAUUUCCAAUUGGACUACGAAACUAAUGCAAGAAGAGACUGCUGCUUCAUCAAUUUCGCUACUAAAGAAAUCGCUGAAAAGGCUAUCGAAAAGCUCGACGGAUAUCUCAUUGACUCAGCAAAGUUGUCCUGUUCAAUGGCAAGAAAACGUGCUCAACUCCUUUGA